AUGUCCUCAUCAAAGGAGGUGUUAUUUACCAGCAUCAGAGAUGACAACGACGACCCGGGGGGCAUGUUACACCCAGGGAGGAGUCAGAUUCAGCUAUUCUUUCCUCUCACCAAACAAAGUUGGGGAAUACUUUAUUUUUCCCUCAGAGAAGAAAAAAGCCGGAGAAGAAUUUUCAAAAGAAAAAAACCAAAGAAGGAGAAGAAAAAGGACGGCAAACAGCAGCCGCCAACGAAUACCCAGUCCACCUUCCGCAGCUCCCCCUCCUCCGCCCAAUCGACCACCAGCCAACAAACUCCACCCCCCGCCCAGCUCAGAGAUCCGGCCGCCGCACCAGGAUCCCGGAGAGGUGGCGCCGCCGCCGCCGCCAUGGCCCUCCACCACCGCGCGCGCCUCCGCUCCCGCGCCGCGCCGCUCCUAGCCGCCGUCGUCCUCGCGGUCCUCGCCCUCGUCUCGCUCCUCCGCGCCAGCCACGGCGGGGCCGGCCCGGCCCCGCCCGCCGCCGCCGCCGCCUCCGAGCGCGCGGCCGCCCGCAACCGCACGGCCGCGCAGCGCAAGAUCCUGCUCGACCCGUCCUUCACCCCGCGCCUGCCGCGCCAGGGCGCGCUGUCCCUCUCCCUCGCCGCCCGCAACGCGCUGCCGCCGCGCAACGCGGGCCGCUUCCCCGGCCUCCCCGACGGCCACCUCAAGAUCGUCCUCUACGUCCACAAUCGCCCCCGCUACCUCCGCCUCGUCGUCGACAGCCUCUCCCGCGUCGACGGCAUCGGCGAGGCGCUGCUCGUCGUCAGCCACGACGGCUACUUCCCCGAGAUGGACGAGAUCGUCAAGGGCAUCGCCUUCUGCCAGGUCAAGCAGAUCUUCGCGCCCUACUCGCCGCACCUCUUCCCGGACUCCUUCCCCGGCGUCGCGCCCGGGGACUGCCGGGACAAGGACAGGGCGGCCGAGAAGCGGUGCCGGGGCGAGCCGGACCAGUACGGCAACCACCGCUCCCCGAGGAUCGUGUCGCUCAAGCACCACUGGUGGUGGAUGAUGAACACCGUGUGGGAUGGGCUGGAGGAGACCAGGGACUUCGAUGGGCACAUCCUCUUCAUCGAGGAGGACCACUACAUCUUCCCCAAUGCAUACCGCAACGCGCAGCUGCUUGUGGAUUUGAAGCCGAAGAAGUGCCCCCAAUGCUAUGCCGUCAAUUUGGCGCCGUCCGAUGUCAAGGCGAAAGGGGAAGGCUGGGAGAGCAUGGUUGCCGAGAAGAUGGGUAACAUUGGAUAUGCCUUCAACAGGACUGUGUGGAGGAAGAUUCAUGCCAAGGCUAAGCAGUUCUGUGACUUCGAUGAGUACAAUUGGGAUAUAACCAUGUGGGCGACGGUGUAUCCGUCGUUUGAAGCUCCCGUUUACAGUCUCAGGGGCCCUAGGAGGAGUGCUGCACAUUUUGGCAAGUGCGGCCUGCACCAAGGCCAGGACUCCAGCAAUGUCUGUGUGGAUAAUGGUGCAGGAGCCAUAGAACUAGAUGCGAUCGACAAGGUUCCUAACAUCAAAGCUGAUUGGCCAGUCCACAUCAUUAGGAAACAACCGGGGUAUCAGGCUGGUUUCAAAGGAUGGGGUGGUUGGGGCGAUCGGCGUGACCGGGAGCUUUGCUUGAGUUUUGCAUACAUGUACCAUGUUAAAGACACAUCGUCUGCAUGAUGGGGUUAUAGGCACACAAAUUUUGGCGUUCAUGAUGCCCUUGUUGUAGUGUUGUUUGGCAUGUUUCGGUUGAUUCAUACACGGUUUGUGAUAUAAAUAGUCUUUCACCCUUUAUCUCAGUUUUGUAGAAUAGUUCUCUAUUCAGAGACAUCGCCUUGGACUUGGGGUUAACAUUCCCGAAAUGUAUGGUGUACUUUUAACUCACUGAUAUGGAUAGAGUUUAUUGUUUCAA